CCCAGUUGAUCGAUGUACCGUUUUUCUUUUCGUUCAACGACACGGUGCAGAAUCGGGGCGCUCGGUGCGUCUUUUUUUCGAAGACUACUUCUACCUUGACCUGGUGCUUAUAUCGCCGUGAUUCGUCGCUCACGAGGUGCUGCGGAAAUGCUUGGAGCACACAUUGACUUGGUAUAACGGGGAUCUCUGACAGUAGACUCAAACGGGUGCUCGCCGUUCUCGAUGUCUUCCGGAUAUUGCCAUCGAGGUCCAAUGUUAGUCUGACAACGAAGCACUUGUAGUGCUGUUCCCUGCCCCGUGGAGUUCUGUAUGUCUCUCCUGUCACGCUGUGAUGUUUUUCGGCUGUGUAUCACUUACCCCUUGUACAGAGUUUGACUCCCUGCCUCAGCUGUGAUUGACUUGGCAGGUGGAUUUAGCCAUGAGCUGCCACCGCCUCACUGCUUCAACUUGCCGUGGUGAUAGUACGUAGCUAAGGCAGAAUUGACGCUGUUGGUGGCUCAGCUCCUGCCAUCAUGGACUAUUGUGAUGAUUUGGCAAUCACCCACCGCUACCAACGUCAUUGAAUCUGCCUAUGCAUGAUAAUUUCGCUAUUCCAGAACUACAGACUCUGUUUUCUGGCUUUACUCCGCCUUUCAUCGUGACCUGGUGUUGUGCAACCGUCAGACUAGAGAAGGGGCGGUGAAUCCUGUCUGCCCGACAGUAUACCUGACAAUCUAGGCUUGUAGACACUUUAGGCGAAUAACAGACCACAGAUGUGCAAAGAGUGGAGCGAGUACGAGAAGGGGCUGAGUGUGCGCCAAUGAAACAUGCCUGCAUCCUGCACUGUUUGACCGGCGACAAGUCGAUCAACACCUCAAUUGGGCAGCAACAUGUUCUUCUGAACUUGUCGAAAUCGCACAGUUUCGUCGACUACAAAUCCUCAGUGCUGAAUUCUGUAGUCAAUGACAAAAGGAUAUCCGUGAGAUGGCAGUCAUAAUGUUCGCUCACACCCUCUGUCAGAUUUUCUCAGCCUUCUCAUCUUCCAUAUCCUGUGUACACCGAUUCAGUGGCUUGUAUCGUCGGCGUGAUGUUUUGCACGGUUGAACUCUACGACAGGGAUUUCGGCUACACUUGGUAUUGCUGCAACUGCAGCAAUGGACCAAUGGGCGUGAAAAUCAACACGCAUUGCACCAGAUGUGACCACGGCCGUUGUGGAAGCUCGACUGCCUCAGCCUUGCGCCAAAACUCGCAGCCCGCGGCUGGAGUUGGUUACGCAGCGAAAGAUCAUGCGGCCUCUAGCCUUGCUGAUUUAAAUGCAAAAGGAUCGCCUGGAAUUUGCUCUGAAGGCUUGUGGGAUGGCGAUGAGCCGCCUUCGAGCAGUUCGGAUGCUAGCUCCUCCGACUCUGACUUCGACGCCAACGAUGGGGAUAAUUUGCGCUUUGACGCAGAAGCUCAAGCAACCGCUGCAGAUUACGAGAGGAAUACACAAGUGGUGCUGGAUGCUUUGAAGGCUGCUCCACUCACAUGCGCCGCUCCGCCUACGCAUCAAGCCGGUGGCUCUAGUCGACCUCGUGCCGGAAGCGCGCAAUUCCCCAAGGAUCGCAGAGAGAAGGUGUCGCAGAGCAAAAAGUCAAGACUCGGUCACCAGAAGAAGGAUCAUCACAGAAAGAUCGACGAAGGCGGGUCUGAAGCUCACCCACAAGGAACAAAAGUCGCUCGUCGACUCAAAUCGAAACAGGAUACAGUACUAUAUGCAUGUCCUUUCUUCAAGAACAAUCCGCAUAGGUAUCGACAUGUUCGUUCCUGCAACAAACCUUGGACAAUCGAAGGUUUGAGAAACCACUUGACCAGGGAAGAUAGUCCACACAAUCUGAGACUCUUGGACAAUGAUCACCAGGCUUUGCAGCAACCAGUCGAAGGGAUUGGAGAGCGCUUGAGGAAUGAUAUCCUGGUUCUGUCUAGAGGGAGCGGAACAGAAGUCUCUGCCGCCGACGAGCUAUGGUGGUUCGACGUAAAUGCUCUGCUCUUUGGAGAGGAAGAACGUUAUCGUCCAUCUCUGACCUGCUCUUACGAUCCCGGAGACAUUGACCGGAGCAACGACUGGAACAAGCAGCAAGAUUAUGCACACCGGGUGAUCCAAAGUCUCGAGCGCGAUCUCCCCAUCGAGUUUGCUAAGAACAUUGUUCUAUACCACUUGCGAAGCGUGCAGGAAGCCUCGGCCAAAUAUCUGGCAGACGAGGUGAUAGCGCGCUUUGAGCACCGUGUCCUCCAUGAUUUCAUCGUUCAGCCUAGGGACGUCGUUGAUAGCCGACGCCGAGGUCGAGGAUCCGGAUCCAAUAACGUCAACGACGAAAUGAAUCCUCGUGGUGCGGAUAUAAUGGAUAUGGAACGCGUUGGAGAACAACAGCAGAACUCGGUCAUUUUUGCAGAUGAGCUGACAUCGUUUGCAUCGUCUGAUUUCUCAGGGCAACCCCUCAUGGCACCCAACCCCGCAGAUCAUAACCAGUUGAGUGGUCCGCUCGCUGCGGAUCCCUAUCCAUGGACGACAUCUGGGCUGCAAUAUCCAGAGACCCAGAGCACGUUGUUCGACCCCUACGACACAGAUAUGCUCAGUAUGGGCCUCAACGAACAACCCUUGCAGAUGAACAAUCCCCUCAUCACUGCACCUUCCUCCUUCAUGAACCAAGCUCCACCCUCACCAGACUGGAACAAAACAGAGGAAGAAACGCGGUUCAGGGCUGCUGAAAGCAACGAUGCAGACAUCCCUGCCAAUCUUCAUGAGACAGUGAACCCUGAGUUUGGUAGCUACGCACAGGGGCCAGCCGGAGGGUAUAAUCUCAUGGAGGGGUAUUCCCCUAAUGAUGGAGGCAAUGCUGCGUGUGAGAUGCCUGAGGUUUUCGACUAUGACCCGAUGAUGUGUGACGAUGCGAUGAUCGAGCGGUUUUACGGGAGUGGCAGUGGGACCUAGGUAUGAGAGAGCCUAGCUGUGUAUGUUCAUGAUGUUAUGAUAUUAUGUUUAUGAAUCAAUCAUGGUCGACUUGCAGCACUACCUCGUGAACCAAGUCACCUCAUCCAGGAAAAAAAUAUCAAAGUAACCCGAGUUUUUCGUCAAGGUCAUCCGUGGUUGUCGGAUGGUCUUCGUCACCACGCACCGCCGGUAUCAAGUUGAGCCGCAGAACUAUCUUCUUCUCCUGCGAUACUGCAGUCGCACAGUUAUGAUCGUGAAAGCCUACGCGCUAUCACUCAGCAUAGCUUUCAGCCCCUCAAACUCUACAGUCUCCCCAAAACAACUCUCAACAACCUUGCAACAACCCUCACCACUCUCUCCACCUCACAUUCACUCCAUUCACCUCCCAUCUGCCCAACCCCUCAUC